AUGCCGGUGUCCAGGGGCACACCAGGAGAGAACAGGACCUAUUUCCCCUUCUUCUCGGACUUCAGGGGCCACAAUGUGACGGCCCUGCGAAUCGGCGAGUCAUCUGCCCUGGCCUUCAUCUUCCUGCUGUCGUUGGCGGGGAACAUCUGGGGCAUCUGCCUGCUGGUGAGGCGGCACCGCCGGCUCUGUGCAGCCAACUGCCUCGUCCUCAACCUCUUCUGCGCCGACCUGCUCUUCAUCACCGCCAUGCCCAUCAUCGCCGUCGUGCGCUGGACCGAGUCCUGGCUGCUGGGCAACGUCGUCUGCCACCUGCUCUUCUAUGUGGUGAGCCUGAGCGGCACCGUCAUCAUCCUCUCCCUGACGGCCGUCAGCCUGGAGCGCGUCGUCAGCAUCGCCCGGCUGCGCCACGCCGCCCUCCGCCGCCGCAAGGUGCUGGCCGCCGCCUUGCUCCUCAUCUGGGGCUUCGCCGCCCUCGCCACCCUCCCGCUCUGCUGCUUCUUCACCGUGGUGCGGCUGCCCGCCCCCGCCGGCCAGGUAAGGCUCGUCCGGCUCUGCCGCGGCCGGGGACAGCGGGCAGAGAGGAGAUCGCUGGCAGGGCGGGCAGAGAGGAGAUCGCUGGCAGGGCGGGCAGAGAGGAGAUCGCUGGCAGGGCAGGCAGAGAGGAGAUCGCUGGCAGGGCGGGCAGAGAGGAGAGCAGACCGCUGUGCGGCUCAGAGAUCCCCUUUUCAGCUCACUUCCCCUUACCGAGGGAUCAGCAUCCUGGGAGAGCUGCCCUGCACCCGCAGCCCCCUCUGUGACCGUGCGCAGAUUUUUCUGCCCAGUAUUUUGAAAUGCGUUCAAAAGCGCACCCGACGUGACACGUGA